AUGAGUGAUGACUAGCCUGAAGCAAACAGGCUAUCAGUGAAAUAGUUGGCUGGAAGAUUUCAGUCAAUGAUGAAAGCUGCACCUGUUUAAUAACAAUAAUAACCUCCUCCUAGAAAAUCUGAAGUUAUUGCUAAAAAUCCAUAGCAGUAAAUGUAAAAUAAGGAAGAAACGAAUAAAGUUCUUAACAAACUUGAAUUUGCUGAAAAUGAGUAAGAUUCCAAUCCAAGACAAGGUGAAACAAUAGAAUAAUUGCAAAAAGCUAUAGAGAAUCUUUAGAGAGAUUGUAACAAAAAGGAUUAGAAGAUACAAGACUUACAAGAAAAUUUAGUUAUCAUGUCUGAAUAAAUGAAAUCUAGGGAAUCUAAGAUAAGAGAAGAAGUCUAAUAAGAAACAAAGGAAACAAGUGAGUUUGGAAAAGAGAGAGUAAAAUUAAUUGCAGAAUUGCACAAGUGUUAAGUAGAUCUAUAAGAAUCUUAAAAACAAAACGCUAACAAAUUCUCUCAAAUUUAAUAGUUGACAAACAAAGCAACUCAGAUACAAAAUUUAUCUAAAUUAGAGAUUGAUAAAUUAAAAUAAUAAAAUUAAGAAUUAGAGGAAAAACUAUUGUAAAGUUAAUAAAAAAUAGAUUAAUUAACUCAAAAAAUUGAAGAACUAAAAGAAUUAAAUAGUUAAUUAAAUCUUUAAAAUUAAGAGGUUGAAGAUGUAAAAUAGAAAUUAGAAAAGGAAUUUUAGUAAAGAUAUGAUGAGGUUGAAUUUGAAAUUAUAAAUAAUAGAUAGAUUAUUGAAGAUCUAUAAAAUUAAUUAAAGGAACUUAAAGCAUUAAAUUUACAAUUAGAAUCUGCUUCUAUUAAUGGAACAUUUGAUAUGAAAUAAUAAAUUAGUGAAUUAUAAGAUUAAACUAAUGAAUUGUAAAAUUAAAAUUAAGAAUUAUAAUAAAAACUUCAUGCUAAAUAAAUUGAAUUUGAUUAAAUGAAUAAAGCUAAAUCAAGAGAAAUUGAAAAGCUUAAACAAGAUAAAAUUGAAUUACAAUAAGAAUUAGAAUAAACAAAAUAAAUAUCAGAAUAAACUUAGGCUGAAACUGAAUCUAAUUAUAAAAAUUAAAUCCUUAUAUUAUAAGACAAAUUUUAGAAAAGUGAAGAAUAAAUAUCAAAAUUAAACUAAAAGAUUUAAGAAUUAUCCUCUGAUCUAAUUUAAGAAAGAAUGCUUUACAAAAGUAAUGAAGCUUAAUUGAAUGGAGUCAUAACACAAUAGAAAGAUGAAUUAUCAUAAAAGUCAAGUCUUGUUUUAUAAUUGACUGAGAAGAUCAAAAUAUUGCAAGAUCAUUCUGUGUAAUAGGAGACAAAUAUAUCAAAAAAUAUUGAUGACUAUAAAGUUUUACUUGAUUAAAAUAAUCAAUAAAUCACAUAAUUAUCUGAAUAAAUUAAGUCUUUAAAGAAACAAUAGAGAUAAUAGGAAUAAGAAAAUAAAUAGGUUAUUUCUUAAUAUGAAUAAUAAAUUAAAUAAUAUUUGGCUGAAAUUACAUAAACUAAAAUCUAGAAAAAUGAAGCAGACAAUUAAAAACAAAAUAGUGAGAGUUCAUUAAAUUAAAUUAUUGAAAAAUAAAAGGUUUAAUUAUAAUAAGCAAAUGCAAUUAUUUAGGAUUUGAAUAAUUAAAUUGAAUAAUUCUAAUAAAAUAUUUAAGAUUAGGAAGAGUAGAGAAUGAGUGUUAUGUCAGUGAAAUAGUCUUUACUUAUUGAGAAAGAAAGUCAUAUCAAUACACUUGAAUAACAAGUUAUUAAAUAUUAAAAUGAAUUAACUCAAAAAUAGGAUUAAAUUGUAUUAUUACAAUAAUAAUGUGAGAAAUAGAAAUCUGAAUUUAAUUAAGCAAUAGCUGAAAAAGAGAAAAAUACAAAAUUAACUAAUUAAUAAUAUUAAGAGUUCUAAAAUAAAAUUUCUGAUUUGACAAAUGAGAUUAAUUAAUUAAAAUCAUUAGUUGAUAAGGCAGAAGUUGAUAAAGAAUAAAAUAUUCAAUAAUUUAAUGAGGCAAAUUAAUAAUUAAAAGAUUAAUUAAAUUCAUAAAAUAGUUUAAUUUAAGAAUUGUAAGAGUAUUUAAAGGAAAGUAAUUCAAAGGAAUAAUUAGCUAUAUAGAAAUCAACUUAAUAAAGUUUGGAAAUCAAUUAAUUAUAAUUGGAAAUUGGAAAAUUGAAAAAUGAUUUAUCAUAACAGGAAUAAAAGUAAUCCUAAACAAAUUUAGAAAAUUCAUAUAAGUUGAAAGAGUAAUAGACAUAAAAUGAAAAUUUGAAGAAUGAAUAUAAAUAGAUUUAAUUAGUAUAAGAAAAACUUAAAUAAGAAAAUUUUUAAUUGAAUGAGGAAGUAAAUGAUUUAAAAAUUAAACUAUAAGAGAGUCAAGAAAAUCUAAAAUAGAUUAAUUAAAUAAAUGAGAGUUAAAAAGAGUAACUUUAAAAGUUGAAUGAUUAAUUAUAUUAAGAAUAGUAGAAAGAAUCUGUAAAUUAAACAGAGAAAUUUUAUUUAUAAUAGUUAAUUUAAUAACAUAAAGAUUAAGUUAAUGAAGUACAUGAGAAGAACAAAUUAAUAACUAGUAUUAGUGAAUCAAAAGAUAAAUAAAUUGAAGCUUUGAAGAAAUAAGGAGAAGAUGCUUUAAAAAAUUAUGAAUAAAAGAAAUAAACUUAAUAUGAAGAGAUGUUGUAAUUAAAAUAAAAGUAUGAAUAACAAAUACAUAUACUAGAAGAUGAAAAGAAAAGUUUAAUUGCUGAAUAUUCUAAUAGGAUUGCAAAUUUAGAAGAAAUAAAUAAUGAUUAUUAGAAGAAUUCAUCUAUUGAAUAGAGUUAAUUUAAUUAAGAGAAAUUGAACUUAAAAUAAUAAUUAUUAGAUUAGUAAGUAAAAAUAGAGAAACAAUUAAAAGAAAUUGAAUAAUUAUAAAUAUAAUUGGAAGAAAAAACAUAAGAGAUUAUAUAGAUUAAUUUAAAGAAUGAAUAUGAAAUAUUAUAAUUAUCAGAAGAGUUAGUUUAAUUAAAAUAAUUAAAUACAAAAUAAGUAGAAGAAAUUAAUGAAAGAGAUUUAAUGGUUACUUUACAUUAGACUUAAAUAAAUUUAUAAGAUGAUCAAUAUAGAUUAGAAAUUUCUAAUUUGAAUGUUAAGAUAGAAAAUAUCAUAAAAGAUAAUCAAGUUUAAAUUGAAGAUAUAAAUGUUAAUCAUCAAAAAUAAUUGUUGUAAAAAUAAAAUGAAAUUUAAGAUAAAGAACAUUAAAUUAAGAAACUAGAUUAAUAACUUUUUGAUUAUUAAGCUUAGAUGGAAUAAAGAUUGGAAUAUAUUUAAGAGAAAGAGAAAGAAUUAGAAAAAUUAAUUUAAAAUAAUUAAGCUUUGUAAAAUGAUUUAUAAUAAAAAGAAUAAGAAAUAAUUUAAUUGAAAAAUCAUAGUCAAAAUUUAAGUAUUGAACUUGAAAAAUUCAAAUAAUAUUCUUAAUUAGAAUAAGAAAAAUAAUAAUAGGUAAUCUUAGAAUUAACAGAAAAUCUAAAAUAAUCAGAAUAAUUAUUCAAAUAAUAAAAUAAAUCAUUGGAAGAUUAAAUAAAAAAUUUAGAGUAACAAAUAUCAAAUUUAAAUUAAAAGAUUGCACAAUUAUAAGAUAAUUUGAAUUAAUUGAAUUAAAAGUAUUAAGAAUUAAAAAAUGAAAAAUAAUUGAAAGAAAAUGAAUAUGAAAAAUAAUUAUAAGAAUUAUAACAUUAAAAUGAUAUAUAAAAUGAAGCAAUUGAUUCUUAGAUAUAAACAAAUGUUGAAUAAUCAGAAUUGAUUUCAAAAUUAGAAUAAAAUAAGUAAUAAUUAUUAGAAGAACUUUAAGAUUUAGUUGAAGAAAAGAAAUAAGUAGAAUUAACAUACAAAUAAACUAUUGAAGAUUUAAAGAUAGUUCAAGAAUAAAGAAUAACAGAAAUCAAUAAAAAAAAUUAGGAUUUGAUACAACUUAAAAAUAUGAUGUUGAUAUAAAAAGAUGAACAAAUGGAUGAAUUGAAUUUAUAGGUUUAAUAAUAAUAAGAAGAAAAUAUUAAAUAAUUAAAUUUGAAUGAUUCCUUACAAAUUCAUAUAAGAGAAUUAAAAAAUACAUAUNGA